AUGGAAACAAGCAAGAGCUCAGAAAAUACCUUUAAACAAAACCAAGAUCUCAAGACCGAAGGAAAAGUGUUGGAGGCACGGAGAACCAGAGGAGGAAGAAGGAGGAGUGAGAGUGUGUCUGAUUUAGAAGCUGAGGAGACCAAAGGGUUUAUAGAUUUAGGUUUUGUUUUCACCGAAGAAGACUUGAAUUCGGAGUUGCCUGAGAUACUUCCGGGACUGCGGACGUUUCUCCACGGGGAAGAACAGAGUAAGACAGACUCUUCCGUUCCGAGACCUUACUUGUCGGAGGCAUGGGAACUUCACAGCAAUAAAUGGAGUGAAAGAGCAAAGAAAGAUUCAAUUGUUUUAGACUUGAGAAUGGCUAAGAUAUGUAGUGAGACGAACAUGAAGGAUUGUCUCAAAUGGUGGGCUCGUUCUGUAGCUUCUAGUCUCAAAUGA